CUUGUCCGCAUUUUGCAAACCCUAUCACACUUUGCCUCGAGACCAUCGCGAGCGUUCCGCUCACCUGUGAGAACCGCCACAACGUUAAAGUCCAUGUCGUCAAUCCCCUUUCUUGGCAGCCUCUUUAGCAGCUCAGCCUCAGCAGCCAAAAACAUGACGUCGUCAUUUCCCGACGAGAGGAGCCUAGAUGAGUGGCGGGCUGUCCUCAACAAGGAGCAAUUCCGCAUCUUGCGCGAGAAGGGCACCGAGCCGGCCGGGUCGGGAACCUUCGACAAGCACUACCCUAGCGAGGGCGUGUACGCGUGCGCCGGGUGCUCGGCGCCGCUGUACCGGGCGACGCACAAGUUCAAGUCCGGGUGCGGGUGGCCCGCGUACUACGAUAGCAUCCCGGGAGCUGUCAAGCGCCACGAGGACCGCAGCUGGGGCAUGGCGCGGACCGAGAUCGUGUGCGCCAACUGCGGCGGCCACCUCGGCCACGUCUUCAAGGGCGAGGGAUUCCCGACGCCGACGGACGAGCGGCACUGCGUCAACAGCGUCAGCCUCACUUUCUCUCCUGAUGAU